AUGCCUACAGCCAUCUCGUAUGUAACAACGGGGGAGAUAAAUCUGUAACGUAACACGGCAGGCACAAAGAGGAGGAGUGGAAGCGGAGUAGAACUCUGCUUUUUGGGAGAAAUUGUUAAUUCGCGGAGUCUGUAUAUGUACGUACUGUAUGUGUGCGUGUGUUCUUUGUACGUGCAAGGGCGAAAGAAGAACGAGAUAACUCGUACGACCAGGGAGAAGUGAAGCAUCGAGGCGAAGCGCAAUGGAGCACUUUUGCGGACCAAAUCGCUCUCGUUUCUGGGACCCUGAUCUGAUAGGGCACCCAGAGUCCCCUGACCUCACAGAAUGCUUUCAGAUGUCUGUGCUGUCCUGGAUCCCCUGCAUCUACCUAUGGCUUGUCUUUCCUGUCUACUUCCUCUAUCUGAAGAGAAACGACAAAGGAUACAUCAUGAUGUCACUGUUGAACAGAGUUAAAACGGUUUUUGGUCUGCUCUUAUGGAUUGUGUGUUGGACAGAUCUCUUUGCCUCAUUCCAUGAGAUACAGCAGGGUAACAACCUGCCACCCAUAUUCUUUGUCACUCCUCUUGUGGUGGGCAUGACGGCGCUGCUGGCCACCUUUCUGAUCCAAUAUGAGCGUCUGCGAGGGGUCCAGUCCUCUGGGGUUCUCUUUAUACACUGGUUUAUCUCUGUACUGUGUGCCAUUGUGCCUUUCCGCUCGAAAAUCAUCCUGGCCACACAGGAGGGGAUCGCAGACAAGCUGCGAUUCACCACCUUCUACCUGUAUUUUGCGCUGAUUCUGGCGGAGCUAAUCCUGUGCUGCUUCAAUGAGCGCCCUCCACUCUUUUCCACUGUCGUCAUUGACCCUAACCCAUGUCCAGAGUCCACUGCUGGCUUCCUGUCAACCAUGACCUUCUGGUGGUUCACAAGUAUGGCUAUCAAGGGCUACAAAAAACCUUUGGAACACAAAGACCUGUGGUCCCUGAACGAACAGGAUAGCUCCGAAGUUGUUGUGCCAAAGCUGCUCAUGAAAUGGGAAGAGGAAAAAGCUAAAGUUCAAAGUAGUGACCGUGACAAGGACACACACGCUAAGUACUCCAAAUCCCCAUCAGCUGCUGAGGCCAACCAUGUAGGAGGAGAUGUAGAGGAGGCGGAGGUGCUGCUUUCAGGACAGCAGGAAUCCAGGCAGCCCUCAUUCCUCCGUUCCCUACUCAAGGCCUUUGGGCCCUACUUCCUAAUAGGCUCUGCCUUCAAGCUGCUGCAGGAUCUUAUCACCUUUGUCAAUCCUCAGCUCCUCAGAAUGCUGAUUUCCUUCAUAAAGCAGAAGGACGUCCCGAAUCGGUGGGGCUUUUCUCUGGCUUUCCUGAUGUUUGCCUGUGCCUUGCUGCAGACCCUUAUCCUGCAUCAGCACUUCCAGUACUGUUUUGUCACAGGAAUGAGGCUCCGCAGUGCCAUCACCGGUGCCAUCUACAGGAAGUCUCUGGUCAUCACGAAUGCAGCAAAGCGUUCCUCCACUGUGGGUGAGAUCGUCAACCUGAUGUCAGUGGAUGCGCAGCGCUUCAUGGAUCUCACCACCUUCCUCAACAUGCUGUGGUCGGCCCCGCUGCAGAUCAUUCUAGCACUUUACUUCCUGUGGCAGAAUUUGGGCCCUUCAGUCCUGGCUGGGGUAGCUGUGAUGAUCCUGCUGAUCCCACUCAAUGCAGUCAUCGCCAUGAAGACUAGGACAUACCAGGUGGAGCAGAUGCGGUAUAAAGAUGCUCGUAUCAAGCUGAUGAAUGAGAUCCUUAAUGGCAUCAAGGUGCUGAAGCUGUACGCGUGGGAGAACUCUUUCAAGGAGAAAGUCCUGCAGAUUCGCCAGAAUGAGCUGAACAUUCUGCGCAAGACAGCAUACCUUGGUGCUGUGUCCACUGUGGCCUGGACCAGCGCUCCCUUCAUGGUUGCCUUGACGACGUUUGCUGUUUAUGUGACAGUGGAUGAAAAUAACGUUUUAGAUGCUGAGAAGGCCUUUGUGUCCUUGUCGUUGUUCAAUAUUCUGAGAUUCCCCCUCAACAUGCUGCCCCAGGUCAUCAGCAGUGUUGUGCAGGCCAGUGUAUCUCUGAAGCGCAUUCAGGAUUUCCUGAGUCAUGAUGAGCUGGACCCUGAUUCCGUUGAUAGAAAAAACACAGCCUCAGAUUAUGCAGUGACUGUUGUAAAUGGGAAAUUCACAUGGGCUAAGAAAGAACCAGCAGCAAUUCACAACAUCAAUCUGAUGGUGCCCAAGGGUUCCCUUUUGGCUGUGGUGGGACACGUGGGCUGUGGGAAGUCUUCUCUGGUGUCAGCUCUGCUGGGGGAGAUGGAGAAGCUGGAAGGGGAGAUUUCUAUACGGGGUUCAGUGGCCUAUGUGCCCCAGCAGGCUUGGAUACAGAAUGCCACACUGAGAGAUAAUAUCCUGUUUGGCAAUGCUUAUGAUGAGCAGAAGUAUCGCUGUGUCCUGGAGGCUUGUGCCCUCACUCCUGACCUAGAGGUCCUUCCUGGGGGUGAUCAGACUGAGAUUGGGGAGAAGGGCAUUAACCUGUCUGGAGGACAGAGACAGCGUGUCAGUUUGGCCCGUGCUCUGUACAGCGAAGCAGACGUCUACCUUCUGGAUGACCCCCUGUCGGCAGUGGAUGCCCAUGUGGCCAAGCACAUUUUCGACAAGGUCAUCGGGCCAGAGGGUGCUCUCCAUGCAAAAACCCGCAUCCUGGUCACGCACGGCAUCAGCUUCUUGCCCCAGGUGGAUAACAUCGUGGUGAUGGUGGAGGGUAGGGUGUCAGAGAUGGGCUCCUACCAGGAUCUCCUCAAGCAAAACGGAGCCUUCGCAGAAUUCCUCAGGAACUAUGCAAUGGAAGACAUCACUGAGGAGGAGGAAGCUACAGUGGCAAUGAUCGAGGAGGAGGGAGAUUUCCCUGAUGAUGCUCUGAGUAACCACACUGACAUGGUGGACAAUGAGCCCGUCGUCAAUGAGACGCGGAGGCAGUUCAUUAGGCAAAUCAGUGUCAUCUCCGCAGACGGAGAGAACCCCAAGAAGAUGUCUGUCCGCAUGCGGCGCUGCAGUGAGAGGAAGCAUGUGGAGCCACAGCCAGAGAAGAAGCAGCCCCAGGUGGAUAAAUUAAUCCAGGCAGAGACCGCGGAGACGGGAAGGGUGAAGUUAAAGGUGUUCUGGGAGUACGCCAGAGCAGUGGGGCCCCUGCUGUCUCUAUUCAUCUGCUUCCUGUACGGCUGCCAGAACGCAGCGGCCAUAGGAGCCAACAUCUGGCUGAGCGAGUGGACCAACGACGCCCUGGACAACCGGACGGAGCAUAACAUUCACAAGAGGGUGGGGGUGUACGCAGCACUGGGCAUCUCACAAGGCAUCCUGGUCAUGAUUUCCUCCUUUACUCUGGCCUUGGGCAACAUCGGUGCGGCCCGAAAGCUGCACUCUGCCCUGCUAGAGAACAAAUUUCAUACACCCCAGUCUUUUUUUGACACCACCCCCAUAGGCCGCAUUAUCAAUCGCUUCUCCAAGGACAUUUACGUCAUUGAUGAAGUGCUACCUUCCACCAUCCUCAUGUUCCUGGGCACCUUGUUUGCCUCCAUAUCCACCAUGAUUGUAAUCAUUUCCAGCACUCCUAUCUUUGCUGUGGUCAUAUUCCCCCUGGCUUUGAUAUACUUCUUUGUGCAGAGAUUUUACGUGGCCACUUCUCGUCAGCUAAAGAGACUGGAGUCUGUCAGUAGGUCUCCUAUAUACUCUCACUUUUCUGAAACCAUCACAGGCACGAGUGUGAUCCGUGCGUACAGGAGGCAAGAUGCCUUCGUUCUCAUAAGUGAUAUGAAAGUGGAUGAGAACCAAAAGAGUUACUACCCUGGUAUUGUUUCCAACAGGUGGCUGGGGGUCCGUAUUGAAUUCAUUGGAAACUGCAUCGUACUCUUUGCUGCGCUGUUUGCUGUGAUCAGCAAGGACAGCCUAAGUCCAGGGCUUGUGGGACUCUCUGUGUCAUAUGCAUUGCAGGUCACCAUGUCCCUGAACUGGAUGGUGAGAAUGACCUCUGACUUGGAGAGCAACAUUGUGGCUGUGGAAAGAGUGAAGGAGUACUCAGAGACACAGACAGAGGCCCCCUGGGAGAUAGAAGACAAGAAGCCACCGCCACAGUGGCCAGCCCAGGGGAAAGUGGAGUUUCAUGACUACAGUGUGAGGUACCGGGAGGGGCUGGACUUGGUACUGAAGAACCUCACACUCACUGUAAAGGGUGGCGAGAAGAUUGGCAUUGUAGGAAGGACAGGGGCAGGAAAGUCCUCCAUGACCCUGUGCCUGUUCCGCUUGUUAGAGGCAGCUGGUGGGGAGAUCUCCAUUGAUGGUGUGAAAAUCGCUGAGAUUGGUCUUCACGACCUCAGGUCCAAGCUAACCAUCAUUCCUCAGGAGCCUGUUCUUUUCUCUGGAACGCUGCGGAUGAACCUGGACCCCUUUGAAACAUACAGUGACCAGGAGGUCUGGAAAGCUCUGGAGCUGUCACAUCUGAAUAAGUUCGUUAGCAACCAGCCCUCUAAACUCAACCUUGAAUGUUCAGAAGGUGGAGAAAACCUAAGUGUGGGCCAGAGACAGCUGGUGUGUUUGGCCCGAGCCCUUCUCAGAAAAACCAGGAUACUGAUCCUGGAUGAGGCCACAGCCGCCAUCGAUCUGGAGACUGAUGACUUGAUCCAGUCUACCAUCCGCACACAGUUUGAGGACUGCACUGUCUUCACCAUUGCUCACAGACUCAACACCAUCAUGGACUACACAAGAGUCCUCGUGUUGGACAAGGGACAAAUAGCUGAAUUUGACACACCAGCAAAUCUUAUAGCAAAGAAAGGAAUAUUUUAUGGUAUGGCCAAAGAUGCAGGACUGGCAUAAUACCACAUUCUACUUUGUACAAUCCCAGAAGUGCCUUCCCAUAACCUAGAAAGCCAGUGAAUGUAUCCUUUUAUACGGAGCAGUAUGCUGCAAUCUGGAUCUUUUUUUUUUUUUAAUAUUUUUCUAAGAACUAUGCCACUGUAAUUUCAAUGAGCACCAAGUUCAU